GUACCCUUGUUGCACGUAUUUUUGCUGCUGCCACUGAACUCGACGUUUUGGACUUCUGAGACUGUGACCUGUUCAACUGUUGUUCCUUUGAUAUUGCACAAAAUUUGCAAGCACCAAAUUUCAUAGGAAGGCUGUUGGGGGUUGACAAUUUUAUCCACCCCUGAAAUUUAUUAUUGCACAAGAGCUUGAUGAAUACGACGAAACUAACCAAUCAGGAAACUAAUAAAGAGAAAGCCACUUCAACAAACUGAUAUCGAAGAACUUAUUCUUGAACUGCUCAUAUGGAUUACUAAAUUCUUUACAAGAAACUUAACAUCCGAACGAUAAACACAAGUAAACUCCACGCAUCCGAUUCACCAACAGCAGCAGUAGAAACGGUGGCAGCAGUAGAAAUGGUGGCUUCAGCCAGCAACCAUCACUCAGAACUCCAGAAGACAGACCAACAGUAUCGGUCCUGCAGAACAAGAAUGAAAGAAAAAAGCAAGGUUGAUUUUCCAAACAAGUUGUCUUGCAGAGGCAAAUUAAGGAACACCGCUUUUUACCAAGUUAGAACAAGAAACCGAUUGAACAGACGGAAGAAACCCACGGAAUCGACUCUCAGGAAAUCCAGAGCAAAGAGCACCAAACAAAAUCAAGAGCACCAAACAAAAUCAAAAGCUUCCGAGACACUCAAAAUAACUCACGGAGAGUCACGAUCAAAGGGAAAAACAGAUGCCCAUCAACCAGAUAUCAAGAACAGAGGACGAGAGAGAGGAUGAGGGAGCAGGAGAGUGAGAGGGCGAAAGAGGCAGCUGCGGGCUGCGGGCUUGCGGCAGGAGGGAGAGGCCAGUGAGAGGGCGAAAGACGAUGCUGGGCGUGAGGAGAGGAAGACGACGACGGUGCUGGGCGUGAGUUCUUUUCCGGCGCAACAAACGCCCCCUCAGGGAAACAGGGCUCGUCUGCAUCAUCAGCAUCGGCCGUGACUUCGUCAGCUUCCACAGCUUUUCGUUUUCAGGCAAUGCUACUGCACCACUCAAUAUACUCAUAACUUUCACCAUCUCCGCCCACCGGAGAAAGCAUCCCCGAUCAUCCUUCUUCUUCCGUCCCUUCCCCUAGGUUCCUCUGCUCGCUUCUCUUAGAUCAAGAGCCAAAGUCGGCUCCAUUUGUGGCUGAUGGGACAUGGCUGUUCAUGGAAAGGGUUUGUUUUCUGAAUUUAACAAAAAAAAGUUUUAAUAAAGAAUGUUAAACAUACUUUCAGAAUGCACAUCUGCAUGUUUUCUGUUCAUGUUAUAUCGUUUUUGGGCUUUUUCCCAUCAUUUAUUGAGCCUGUAUGUAGCUUUUGGAUGUGCUCUCCAAAGCAGUAGCAGUUGUGAUGGUGCAAAAUGCAAAAGGUGAGCAUGCUGCCAGAUGAUCGAAUCUUUCAAAGGAGGAUUCAAGGAGAAGACCUGCCUAAGUGGGAAUACCGAGCAACCUUGGUGAAGAAUGGAGAUUGUAGAAACUCAACUGGUAAACCUGCGCCAUUAAGCUCCUGGGAUGAGAUGUUACACCGGAAUCCUAAGGAGUCCCUCGAAGUGAAGGUUAUUACUGGUUGCCUUUGUAUGGUCAGGUCAUCGACAAAUCUGGAGGAAACGAAGAUGCCCAUAUUUUGGUAAGAAUUGUAUAUCUGCUUCAUCGGGGCUCCAUCGAAGAAGAAUGUGGAAUAGCUUUAUUAUGGCAAGAUGGAGGCAUUGUGGAGGGAGAUGAACAAACUUAGAUUCUCAUGCUUGGUUAAUGGGUCUUUUUAGUCAAAGUAGACAACAAUGAAGAACUUGAUGCAGCUCUUCGAAGAGGCGCCUGGACAUUGGGAGGCAAAAUUGUAGUGACUAUAGUCAAUAGAUUUUGGGAAGAAAGUUAUGUGUGAAAGUUUUAAUCAAACUUCGUCUGUGGAUCAGGCUUUUGAAUCUUCCUUCAAUCCUUUGGAAUGAAAGGGUAUUUGAAGAGGUUGCAAGGGCCCCCAAUGGGGAACUAAUUGAGGUUGAUCAUGUUACAGAGAUGAUCCUCCAUGUGCCUUUCUUAAUAUUUGCAUUAAGAACCAUCAACUUCUUUUUCCAUUCGGAGAUCGAUCUGGAAAACUAGAUGGUGGAUAAUAUUUUUCCCGGCAAAUAAUCUGCAAAGAGUGAAUUGUGUUCUGUGCAAAGUACAUUUGUUUCGGUUCCAACUUACAGAGAAUUGUCGAGAAGGUGAUGCUCUUUAGGUCGAGCAAAAAAGAUAGAUUGUGGUGGAAGGUGGUCAAAGAUGAAAUUGGCAGGGAAUUUAAGUAAACCUGCGAAGCAGAAGAUGAAUUCUUCUGGUAAUGUGAAAAUCUCACUUACGAACCAUGACUUCCACAGUUAGUUUAAGCUUCUAAAGGCCCAAGAAGUGUGUUGAGUUGAGAAGAAGUCUGAAGAGCAGAACCUGGACGGAAUUAGUCAAUCAAAAGUCGAUAUAUAUGGGGAUUGAGGAACCAUAGGGAUUCCCCUUGCACAACCUUGAUCUUGGAGCAUGUCGUUGGGAAAGGCUCCUAACCUACUAAUGGAUCUAUUAUUAGGCAAUGGUGGCACGUGGAGACCCUUCUGUGAUUAUUUUGUGCAGUUCUGUUUUGAAAAGUUUGAAGUGGGCAUUUGGUCGUCUGCUAGAAAGAACAACGUGGAGGGGGUCGUUCUUUUUCUUGGAGAUUUGAGACCUAAGUUGUUUUGCUGAAUCUAAAACAAAAGGUUCUUGAUAAGCUCAAACAACGAUGGCUCAUACCAUGGAGCUUGGGGAGACGAAUUUGGAUGUUCUAAAUAAGCUCAAAAGUGGAUCAUUGUCGACCCAUAUUGGAAUCAACUACGGCCAACUAGGAGACAACCUUCCUCCGCCAUCACGAUCCAUCGAGCUCAUCAAAUCCCUCAAAGCGUCCUCCGUCAAGAUUUACGACGCCAACCCCGCUGUUCUGGAGGCCCUCUGCGGAACGUCGCUCAAGGUCUCGAUCAUGGUCCCUAACCAAGCCAUCGUCAACAUCUCCGCCUCCGAGCGCGCCGCCCACGCCUGGGUCCGAACCAACCUCCUCCCCUUUUACCGCCGCGUCAGGAUCCGCACCCUCCUCGUCGGCAACGAGGUCCUCUCCGACCACGCCAACCGCCCCACUUGGUUCCACCUCGUCCCGGCGAUGCUUAACAUCAAGCGCGCCCUCGCCAGUCUGAGAGUCCGCAACGUGAAGGUCGGCACGACCUUUGCGAUGGACACACUGGAGUCGUCAUUCCCUCCUUCCCGGGGCACUUUCCGGCGAGACAUCGCCGUUCCGGUGGUCCUCCCCCUCCUGAAGUUCCUCUCCAUGACCGGAUCCUCCUUCUUCCUCGACGUUUACCCUUACUUCGUUUGGUCGGCCAGCCCGAACCUCAUCCCCCUCGACUACGCCCUCUUCCGCACAGCCAAGCCCACCUACACCGAUCCCGUCAACGGCCUCCGCUACACAAAUCUACUAGACCAGAUGCUCGACUCGGUGGUGGCAGCCAUGGCCAAGCUCGGGUUCAAGAACAUGCCCAUCACGAUCGCCGAGACCGGUUGGCCCAACGCCGGCGACCUUGAUCAAAUGGGCGCCAAUAUUGAGAACGCGGCGGUCUACAACCGAAACCUCGCCAGGCACUUGGCAGCCCGAGUCGGCACCCCAGCGCGGCCUGGAAUGCCCAUACGGACCUUCUUGUUCGCGCUGUACAACGAGGACCGGAAGGACGGGCCCGGGACGGAGCGGCACUGGGGACUGUUCUACGCAAACGGGUCGGCGGUUUAUGAAGUGGAUCUGACUGGGAAGAGAUCCGAUUUGGCAUACAGGCCUUUGCCCAAGGCUACCAACAACCGGCCUUACCGGGGGAAGAUCUGGUGCGUGGCGGACCCGGCUGUGGUCGGGAGGGGGGCGAAUGCGAGGCGGGUCACGGACGCGGUGCGGUUUGCGUGCUCGCAGGGGAACCAGACCUGCGAGGAGAUGAGACCCGGGAAGGGCUGCUCCCUGCCCAGGACGCCCGUGAACCAUGCUUCCUAUGCGUUCAACGCGUAUUGGCAGCAGUUUAGGAAGUCCGGUGCGACAUGCUACUUUGGUGGGCUCGCUGUCCAGACCGCUACUGAUCCGAGUUAUGGAUCGUGCACUUACCCCGCUCUCUCCAGUUAAUAUCAGCAUCAUGGGCGUUCUGGAAAUAUUUGAAUCUUGUUCUCUUUGUUGUAUCUUAUAUUAUUUUUGUUUGAAGUUUUCUUUCAUGGGCAGGGGUCGUUUGGAUGGCACGCAAUAUAUUGCACAAAUUUGCUUUUUGCUGUUGUA